GGUUUCUUCAGACAACGAAACCAGAAUGUAAUUCUCAAUAUUCUGCCCAAAGAUGACUCAUGUCUUUUGUGGAUUUGAAUUACUUAUGUUCAAGAGAUUCCAAACAUGUCCAGAACAAUGGAUUGAGUUGAAAAGAACGCUUUUCCAGAAGGGUGAUGGGGCUGACCCGGAACAUCUGGGGAAAAUUCCUCAGAGUCUGUGGUUCUUGUCUGUGGCCCUUCACAAACGACCUGACUUUUUACUGCAGCUAAUACGGGAAGAAACUGAACGUGAAUUGAAGAAACAACUGAGAAAACCAGGAGUUACUUUGCUGUGGACCUAUUUGAGUAGCCACAAUUUCACAGAGUUUCACCUAGACAGCAUAUUCAAGUAUGGGGAUGACAACAAGCUGCCAAGGGAGAUCUUUCGGUGUCCCAAUGUGAAAUUCCUGUCCCUGAAGUAUAACUGUCUUGAGAACCUGCCAGCUGACAUUGGUCGGAUGCAACAGUUAGAGUACCUGGCCCUUACCAACAACAAGCUCCAGGUGCAUUCCAUCCCCUACACUCUUGUCUUCUGCAAAAAGCUGCGAACCAUCCUCCUAGACAACAACAUACUAGAUGCACUCCCAGGAUUCCUCUUAAAAAUGCCAUCCAUUAAAACUGUCCAUCGUCAUGGCAACCAUAAUUAUUUCAAAUCCACUUUCAUGUGGUACCACACUGAUGUUGAAUUUCGGAUUAUCCCUGUAUCUGGGACAAAUACAUUUGGAUCCAUGGAACCACAGAGUCUGCAAUUCUGGGCAGCCAAGGCUGUGAUUGGGUCUAAAACAGACUUCUAUAAGGACCCGUCUGUGGCCCUGGUGUUAAAAGACUAUAUAUCAGAUAUUUACCACAUGUUUAGAGUGUGUCAUUUCUGCACAACUGCCUGCCUUCCCGACCAAAUAGGUUACAAGGUGAUAACAUUUAAGAAUCCAUACCUGGGAAACACCUGUGUGCCAUUUCAACAUUGGGCUUGCUCCAUAGACUGUGCCAAAGCCUUAGAAGUUCCAGCUCGCAUGGAACAAAUCCAAGCUGCCCUGCGUCUGGACAGUUUGUAUGAAGAAUAUGUGGAGGAGUGUACACAGAUGUUCUAUCACACACGCCACAGUAAGACUGUCUGUUCCUGUUUCACCUCUCGCACAACAGACUAUGUGCCACCCUUGAACAAAGAAACCUGGCUUGCUGCACCUAACUCCCCUGGAGCCCGGAGCUCCAGCAGUACCCAUGGUCAAUGUACAAUAUCCUGAUACCUAGGACAUGCAUGUCUCAAAUAUACAAUGUAUUUACUGAGCUGUGUUGCCCAGAGAAAACUGUCCAAACUCCAAAACAUUCCUGAUUUCCCAAAACACCUUGUUUAGUUAAUACCAGUGAGUUGAUAUGUUAUGUUUGUGCCUGAUAGCUGAGCAUUUUGUAACUAGAACAGUUGUACAUUUAUAGCAAAAAAGUUGUACAAUUUUCUUUCUUCCUCUGUUUAUAUCAUUGUAUUAUUGAUUGCAAGUUGUGAAGCCAAUUUUUUUCAUUUUCAGUGAGUCACAUAGUUGUACAAUUUAAGUUUCAAUCUACAAGAAUUUGGUUAGCAUUUACAUAAAAUACUGAUAUGUCUUACACCAAACACUCAUUCCAGAGUUGUGUUCUGGCUGCUAUUAUGAUUAUUGUGAAAUGAUAAAUACAAACAUGAUUUCUCAUACCAAACUGGAAGUGUUUCAUCACCUGUAUUAUAUACUGGGUAUUUUAGAUUGUUUCUUUGUAACCAGGUUGAAAUGGUGUAGAUAUUAAACUAAAUUUUUUAAAAUAUCUAUAGGAUUCUGUUCAUUCUUCAAUCAUGACAGAAGCAAAUUUGUUCUACAUAAUUAUAGUAGUAGAAUUACUAUAGAUGAGUGAAAAAAAACGGAUAUCUUCUUCAUCUUGGUUUAGGAAUUUUAGUAAUACUAGUAAAGAUGUACAACGUUUAAACACUUGGAAUUUGUAGUUUAUUUUCACCAGUGCAAAUUUAAAUUUAAGAAAAAUUAGAAUGCAAAAACAACAACAUUCCUAGAAUUAGAAUUUCCAAGUUUGAAAUUGUUAACAGAGUCAUAUUCAAUCACAAACAUUAUACAAAGAUAAUAUCUGGUUCUUAUUGACAACUUUACACAGGCUGGUCAUGAUAGUUUCUAUAAACAAUGAGGAGAUUAUGAUGUACCAACAAAUAUUUCAUAUUUGGAAAAAAGGUUUUGAGAGAUUUAGAUAUAAAAACAAGUAUGGUGACAUGCCAAGCUGGCAUUUGUCAACAAAUUGAUUUGUAUACAUAAUGUACUGUUUAAGUAGGAUUUCCAAUGGGAAAGAUAUUGCAUUAAUUCUUUGUAUGUAUGAUUUUAGAAUAGAAAGUCUUGCCAAGUGUGAUAAAUAUAAACAGGUAUUUAAAUAAUGACAUGAAAUCAUAUAAUUAAUGCUCAGACACUGGUUUGUUUGAUGUCAAAACAAUGAGUCCUUUAGAUUUACACACAAUCAUACAGAAGUAUGUAUGAGAGAUGCUAUGUGAUAUUGAGAGACAAUCUCGGAAGUCAGAAACUGAAAUCUUUCCAAAGAACAAAGCUUUGGUAAUAGUGCCAACAAUUAUUAAUGCUUUAAUAUAAAACAUGUUUUGUUGCUUAAUUCUACAAGUUUAUAUUAAAUUCCACUGUAACAGGUUGCUAUUACUGUAUACAUAUACACUGUUAAUAGUGCUGUUGAUUUAUUUUGAAUGUUAAACACCUUUAGUCAUGUUGUACAAUUUUUAACAUGUCUACUGUGCAUAAUAUUUACUGUGAUUUAUGAGAAAAGAGAUGAGGCUUGCAUUCAAAAUAUGUCUAUAUGCUUAGUUUAUGCAAAACAAAAUCACAAAAUCUGAUUUGUGUGAAGGCCUGAAAAUAUGAAAUUAACAAAACAAUAAUGAUUGAGGAUGUACAAUGUGUUAUGUUUGAAUAACAUUAUUAUUAUAGAUUUUUCUAUAAGAGAAUAUUCAGCCUGUUAUUUUUGAUAAUUUCAUUGUUGUAUCAGGAAAAAAAUAUGUUUUAAACUGAAGAUAAAACCAGCUCUAUGCUGUAUUUACAUUAUUUUCCACAAGAAAGCUCAACUUUUGAAGUACAGAUUCUUUCAUAUGAUCUAGUGGAUAUAUUUUAUCUGAAGGUCUAGUUAAGUUUGAACUAAUGUAGGCAUUUUGCACACAAUGUUCAUUUCUAGCUCCAAUAAUUAAUCAAUUAUUUGUUGAUGCUAAAUGGAAUGAUGAACAUUUUCAGCACUAGUGCGACAUAAACAGUGGUUUUGCCAUCAAUCAUGACAUCACUGUUUCUCUCAAAUUAUAUUUUUUAUUGGCAUUGGCCUGUGUACACCUGCCAAUGCUCCGUAUGAAUUUACUUAUGGCAGUGUAGGUCAAAACUUAGUUGUAUAUUAUCAUAUUGUUUGUCAUUUGAAUAUUUUGUUUCAUUAUUUUGUGUAAUAUCUGAUAUUUAAUCUUCCUUAGUUACAUAUUUUUUGUUGUCAGUUCUGUUGUAUUACUACAUUAUCUAACAACUUUUCACACUAGAUUUUGAUGUUGUUCACUUUACUUACAUAUUGUACCGUGUAUUUAGUCUAUAUUUAAACUUCUGCUAUAUUACUUUUAAAAUGUUUUUGUUUAAUUUGUUUUUGUUUAUAAGUUGUGAUGGUGAUCCCAGUGAUCCUCUACCCUGUAGGGUUAAAGCAUUUAUUUUAUAUUUCAUUUAUUCAGUGACUACUAUACCAGACCAUUCUGAAUUAGGACCUUUAUCUCCUCUUCAUAAUGAAUACCAUAUUUAUCCUCAAAUGAGCCCCCUCCCCUAUUUUAAAAGUUCAGUAUUAAAGUUUGGGAAAGGCUUAUUUGUAAACUUCUGUAAGCUUACUGUUUUGAAAUUGAUUAUUCUGUAAAGAUUAAGAAAGGGGCUUAUUUAUGGGCAGGUGCUUAUUUGUAGAUAAAAACUGUAUUCCAUAUAAUCAUGCUACAUUGACACCAUUUUUCUCACCAGAUUGUAGCAUAUGAAGAGGUUUGACAUUAUAUCUGUAAAAAGGAAAGAUACAAUUUGAAAUGAGAGUAUAAAUAAUAAAAAAGAGGACUGUAUCAAGGUUACAUUGUACAAAUAAAUAAGAGGUGAAAAUUAUGCCAGACUCGGGUGACAAAAAACAAGUGUUCUCUGUCACUUUAGAAGUUUUUUGUACAAUUAAGAGGCAGGGCUUGAUGUUGAAGUUGAUAGUGGAAUUAAGUAAAACUGUUUUCUAGUGAUGGCAUGAGGAUCUGAUUAAUCAAUGUUUCAGUGUCUGUAGGAGAAGUAAACCAACAGGAUACUGUAAAACUUGUCCAAUAGUGUAAAACCUGUCUAAACUAUACAAUAACCAGAGAAAAAAAUCAGUCCAAAUGGGACAGGUUUUUAUAUUACAAAUGUGCACAGGUAGUACACUUAGAAAUGAUUGUGAUGGGAUAUAGUUGGACAGGCUGGCAGUUUACACAGCAUUUGUUUUGGAUAGGUUAUGGUGUAAACCCUAACUCUAGGAAUAUACUUAUGAAAUAUUUAGCUACUCUCAUAUUACUAAUUGAUGAUCUGUAUGGCCAUAUAUUGUGAAUGUUGUGGGUAAUGACUGGACUUUGGUUUAUAAAGUGUAUGAUGAAAUUUAUGGGAAAUAUGACUUGGUAAUGUGACUUGUGUAUAUAUAGACUACAGAUUAGAAAUAUUAGUUUUUGUAUGUGACUGCAGAUUACAGUUGUGAUAUGGUGUCUAUGAUCAGACUACAAAUUAAUGGUUUUUCAUUUAACCCUAUCCAUUGGUAUUAACAUUCAUUGAUUGAAAAGGAAGUGGAUGAAUGGCCCUCACUUUAGAAAAAAAGACUUUUUGAUGGAAGGUUAAAAAUUUACUCAGGUGAAAAUUUGACAUGAGAAUUGAACCAAAUUAGUUUGAAAAAGGAUUAUAGAAAAUAAAAUAAAUAAUGAAAAAAAAAAGGAAAUGUUACAUUCAGUGAUUGUGGGGCAAACAAAAAAGGAUGACCACAGCUUAACAUUGUUACAUAGAGACAAUAAGGAUGACCACAACUUAACAUUGUUACAUAGAGACUAUGACUUUUGUUGAGUCAAGAAUUUUGGUGAGUAAAUAAGGAGAGUGACCUUUUCGAAUGAAGACAAAGCCUUUUUAGUGAGUGAAAUAUGAGAGUGACCUUUGAUGAAGGAAGGCCCAGGCUUUUGGUGACUAAACUAUGAGAAAAACCUUUGAUAAGUCAAGGUUGAAACCAAGACACUAGUAAAAUUCCUAGAGAUGGGAUGAAAAUGACACUAGUAAAAUUCCUAGAGAUGGGAUGAAAAUGACACUAGUAAAAUUCCUAGAGAUGGGAUGAAAAUGACCUUCAUGAGUCAAAGAAAAAUUUGAGCAGUACGAGAAUGACCUUGUAAGAGUUGAGACUGUUGUUGUGUGUGAUGAAUUAAAAUACAGCUGGACCUGUAGAAUAAGAAUGAUCUUUUGAUUAGUCAAGGAUAAGGCUAACCUUGGAUAAAGGAUGUACAAUUGUGGUGAAACACAAGAAUGACAUCGUAGUCCAUUCUGUGAUCACUGUUUCAGCCAAAUACUUGGCUUUAAUUAAUAGAUUUAUAAUAUGUUACAAAAGCUUUGAUAAAUCAUGCCAUGUUCGCUGCAUACAUUUUCAAUUGAUGUUACCUGUAUUUAUUGUAAUAAAAAGUUGAACAAAU